AUGGCUCCUCAGAACAUCGGUAUCAAGGGCAUUGAGCUCUACUUCCCCAGCCAGUGCGUCGACCAGGCCGAGCUCGAGAAGUUCGAUGGCGUUUCCCAGGGGAAGUACACCAUUGGCCUUGGCCAGACCAAGAUGAGCUUCUGCGACGACAGAGAGGACAUCUACUCGCUCGCUCUCACCUCCGUCUCUUCCCUCCUCAAGAAGUACAAUGUCGACCCCAAGAACAUUGGCCGCCUCGAGGUCGGCACCGAGACCCUGCUGGACAAGUCCAAGUCCGUCAAGUCUGUCCUCAUGCAGCUUUUCCAGGACUCGGGCAACACCAACAUCGAGGGUGUCGACACCGUCAACGCCUGCUACGGCGGCACCAACGCCGUUUUCAACACCAUCAACUGGGUUGAGUCUUCUGCCUGGGACGGCCGUGAUGCCAUUGUCGUCGCUGGUGACAUUGCCCUCUACAAGAAGGGCAACGCCCGCCCGACUGGUGGUGCUGGCUGCGUCGCCAUGCUCAUUGGCCCUGACGCGCCGCUCGCCUUCGAGCCUGGUCUUCGCGGCACCUACAUGCAGCACGCGUACGACUUCUACAAGCCCGACUUGACCAGCGAGUACCCCGUUGUCGACGGUCACUUCUCUAUCCGCUGCUACACCGAGGCAGUCGACGCCUGCUACAAGGCGUACAACGCGCGCGAGGAGAAACUGGCCGCCGCUGCCAACGGCUCUGCCACCAACGGUGCCUCCAGCAUCGAGACCCCUCUCGACCGCUUCGACUACAUGUCCUUCCACGCGCCUACUUGCAAGCUCGUCCAGAAGUCGUACGCCCGUCUGUUGUACAACGACUUCCUGAAGAACCCCGAGAACCCUCUCUUCGCUGAGGUUCCCAAGGAGCUCCUCAACCUCGACUAUGACGCCUCGGUCACCGACAAGACGGUCGAGAAGACCUUCGUUGCGCUGAGCAAGAAGAGGUUCGGUGCCCGCGUUUCGCCCUCCGCUAUGGUUCCCACCAUGUGCGGUAACAUGUACUGCGGUUCCGUCUGGGGUGGCCUGGCCUCCCUCCUCGCCAACGUCAACAGCGACGACCUCCAGGGCAAGCGCGUUGGUAUCUUCUCCUACGGCUCCGGUCUGGCUGCCUCCAUGCUGUCCAUGCGCGUCAAGGGCAGCACCAAGGAGCUCCAGGAGAAGCUCGACCUCCACAAGCGCCUGGAGGAGCGCCGGGUCGUUGCCCCCGAGGUCUACGACGAGAUGUGCAACAUGCGCGAGAGGGCCCACCUGCAGAAGAGCUUCGAGCCCAAGGGCAGCGUCGACACCAUCAUCCCCGGCACGUACUACCUGACGGAGAUCGACGACAUGUUCCGCCGCAAGUACAACGUCAAGGCUUAG